UUCCUUAAAUUUAGUUUGUGAAAAACGGCGCAGUCUUGCUUCAAAGCUUGGCGCGAAAUUAACUAAAGCAGCGCUGGCAGCCCUGUCUGAGCAGAAAAAACCUAUCGCCUGCAAAAUAUCGAUAACAUACACUCACAGCCGCACUGACACAUCUUUACACCUUUGGCGCAGUUGGCAGGCCGCCACUGAUGAGCAGGGAAGUGCAUAUCGAAAGAAAUAAACGGGGAAUACAAAAAAGUGUGGAAGAUGCAGGUGUAACUUCCAAUCAGAGAAAACAAUUAACUUUGAGGCAAUAAAAAAAGUUGCAAGUAUCAGACGCGUCGUCGUGCCUAUCAACAACGGCACGUCGAUUGCGCAUUAAAAUAUUUCAGAUUCCGGAACAGCAGGCAGCUGUGCUGUACUGUGAAAAAUGAGCGCCAUGAAAAAGCGCACCGCCCGUUGCAACUCGGACACGGUAAAACAAGAGGGCUCUGUCAGCAAUGGUAACCCGGUUGACCCGGAGAUCGACAAUGACAUAAGCCUGUUGCAGCGGCCGCUGCGUACAGCGCACACGGGCUUCGAGGAAGCAUGGCGAGCCUACGACAACGGGACCAACGAGGUGCGCCGACUACUCACACAAGAGUGCAGUCUUAUCUACGAGUGUAAUGUGUGUCGCAACAUGUUUCGUAGUCUGGCCAAUUUCAUCAGCCACAAGCGUGUGUUCUGCUGUCUGAGUGCGCGCACCGUCAACCAGAAUGGAUACGCAGAUCAGAACUCAAGCAUGAUCAUACAGACCGGCAACGGUCCAUCUAGCCAGGACAUUGAGCAUAUGCUAAGGAGCCGCAGCACAGGCUGUUCCCCAGUGCCACGCGAAGCACGUCCAAUCCGAGGUAGCAUGCGCGAUCUUAGCGGCGUCAUUGAGCGCUUGCGUCGCGAAAAGGCGCCAUCCACCGUGCCUUCGUCUCCCACUGUGCUCCAACUGGAGUCGGUGCCCACUUCCAGUCAGGCCGUGUAUCAGACUGUGAAGCGCGAGCACGCGGACAGCAUAAAAACAGAAAUAAAUGAGGUGCACGACAUGCUCAACAAUGAUAGAACCAUCGUGGGACCUGAUGGCAAGGCGUUGACCUCAAAUCAGUAUGAGCGCCAGGGCGGCGGAAGCGACUCUGGCGAGACGGCGGAACAGUCCGUCAGUGAUGAGACCGAAACGAACAUUAUAUGUGAAAUAUGCAAUUUGACGUUUCAGACGAACAAAACCCUGGAAGUGCAUAUACAGAAGCAUCACUCAUCAUCGGCCUUUGUAUUCCAGUGUCCUGCAUGCUCGCUAACUUUCUUGCAGGCAGCUGCUGUGAUACGCCAUCUCUCUAAGGAUCACAAAAAACCCACUCGUCGCAUUCGCAUGAUGCGCAACACUAUUCUAAAGCGCCGCGUGCAACAGGGAAAUGUGCAACCGAAAGGUCCAAGUCGUGAACUCAAACGAUUAAAGCUGUCGGACGAUGUCGUGGGCUACGAACCUGAAGCCGCUGACGUGGCAAGCGAGCAGCGAAAGAUCAUGUCUCUUUGCAUUUAUUGUGAGAAAUCCUUCGAGCGUCGGGCCGCGCUGUCCACCCAUCUGCUUAAUUGCCGCGCAAAACAAAAGGCAUUGGCCAAACCUGCACCAUCGGUCAGGAAAUUGAAAAGUAAACUAACUGAUAGUACUGAUGCUGUGGAAGAUGAUGCUGCUGCCCCAGCCGAGCCAAGCGACGCAAGCAUUAAACAUUCACUGGAUCAGGCAGCUGAUGAUGUGGACGAAACCGACACCAAUGCCUUGAAUGAAAUGUUUGCCGAUUUGGCCGAACAGAACGACGCCUUUGCUGCUCGCUUGCAGACCGUUUCGCUGGACAAGCUUCAGCUACGCGAGAGCGACAGUGCCAGCGAUGAGAGCUCCACCAGCGAGGACGAGCAGGAGCGGGAGUCGGGCAAUCCCAUCGGUUCCAAUGAGUCCAAGACGAACGAUCCCCAGGCACCAAAGAUAAAGAAGAAACGCCAAGUGCCCAUUGAGAAGCAACUGCGUUGCAGCUGCAAGAUCUGCCACAAACAGUUCAACGCACUGGGAAACCUGCGUCGUCACAUUUCCAUGUUCCACUACCGUGCACGCCGCUUUGGAUGUACCAUGUGCGACUACCGGGCUUUCAGGCGAUACGACAUUGUCAAUCAUUUGGGCUUCACGCACAAAAUCGAAGGCGAUCGUGAGCAGCUUACUAAGCAGUAUGUGUCCACACAUGAGUGUAAGUACUCACGAGACGACGUCGAUGGUGAUAUAGUGGUGCUCGGGAAGGAGGAGGAUCCGGCACCGUCAUCACCGCCCAAUGAAGACAAUGGCAGUGCGCCAGCAGAGAGAAGGGCACCCAAAACCUAUGAGAAGCGUCUGAAACGGGUGAAAACAAUUAGCGAGACGCCGAUAGACCCAGAGCCUGAGCCGAUGCUUGUUCCAGAAACAAUCGACGAACUAGCCGUCGAGGUAAAGGAGGAACUUGUGGAGCACGCGCCACAUAAGAAGCGCCGCAAAUCACGCACUCAACUCUCCCCAGAUUCGGGCGAACACCAGCCGCGAACCUUAGGCAGCGACAAGCGUCCAAUACGAAAACGUGUCAAGGCCGUCAACAAGGAUUUCGUCUACGAUCUCGUUAGCUUCAAGGCAGAUGCAGCCUCUUCGCAGCAAGCCCCGCCUCCUCCUGCACCCGAUUCUAUGCGCGCCAAACUGCGGCGCCAGAAUGGCGCAGCGACGGCGGACGAGAAUAAACCCAAGUUGUGGGAGGACUACAUAACCGAGGCGAAACAUGCGCUAAUUCAGGGCAGCACACGUCGUGUAAUGCUGGAGCUUGUGAGACAAGGACGUGCGGUGUCAGCCACGCUGCCUGAACUGCCCGCAGAGCGUCCGCAAAUACGGCCUCGUCUCACCUCGCAGGCGCGCAGCGAGUGCGGUCAGCGGCAGCCUGUACUGGACAUAAUGAACUCCAGUUCGUCCGAGUCGUUUAUUGAGAAGAUCGCCAAGCGUACGGCUGCCGCUGGCAAGGAUGCGGCUGCCAUAAACAAUCUGUGGAACAAGGUGAACACGGUAAUUGCUCAGCAGAAGCUGGAGCCAGAACAGGCCACCACCACCGUACAGCUGGAGGACCAAAAGACACCCAAUGGCAAGCACAACGCUGUCUCGCAACUGUCUCCGCCAUCGCCACCGCGCACCUUUCAGGCUAUAGAACCGCAAGCAACCACAUCCCCCACACCAGCACAACCACUACCUGUAAUUCCAAAAGCUAUGCCCACAACCAUGCCUGCAUCAACCGUAGAGUGCCUAAGCAACAGCAACCCUGCCCAUGUACACACCUCCUUAUUUCCAGCGCUCCCCAAGCCGCCCUCGGUGCUAGCGGAAGCAACCAGCGGCACCAUUCAAUUAACUUUGGACAGCCUGUUGCGCGCUGCCCUGCAAAACUGAGCAGAAAAGCUCGAGAGAUGCAGAGAGGGAGUGGAAGAGGGAGAGGAGAGAGAGAAAGAAGAGCAAACAAACAAACAGAUUUCAGUGCAUCUUUUCUUUUUUGUUUCAUGUUAAUUAUAUUUUGUUUUGUUCCGAUUCUCAUCUCUCCACCUACCACCUACGAGUAUCUUAACAUGUUUAGUUAUUACGCAAUUGUGUCCUUGUUGUAAAGCGUUACUUUAAGUUAUGCACCUACACCCACAAACACAUACAUGCUUAUAUACAUAUUUAAAAUAUAUAUAGUAUAGGCACUUAGGUUUUAGUUGAAAAACAAAACACGCAACCAAAACAAAGCAUCAAAGUAUAGAGCAAAAAUGUUCGGCUAUUAGCAAAUAUUAGUUGAUUACUUAAAACCGGAAACGGGAAGUGAAGAAAUUCAAACAGAAAUGAACAGCAACUGUGCAUUUUGAGUAUGUACCUAAAAGGCCAGCGUCUAAGUUACACAUAAUGCAAUUCAUAUAGUUUAGUAUAAACAUACAUAGAUAACAUAUGCAUGUACGAGUAUAUAUGUCUACAUAUAUCUGCAUGCACUAGUAUUAUUCAUUAUGCGAAGGCCACUGAAUGCUUGCAAGCAAAUAUGUUUCCCUAAAUCAGUAAGCUCGUUAAUUGUCUCAUUUGUAGUAUAUACAAAAUAUAUUCUCUCCACACACA